CGUUGAGUAUUUCUCAUCCGGUCUUUUUUUCUGACAAGCUUUUGUUUUACUUCCUGUCUGUUGUCUUCUGGCCAAUCAGCGCUCAGCGUCAGCGCGUUUAGCAUUUCGCCCUUUGAACCGUAAUCGCAUUGUGAUCAUCAAACAUGGCUGCGGUAGAUUUUGGAGACACUGAACUCUUCGAGCAGUUCGAGGAGAAAGUGCCAGUCGCUAAACACAUUCGAAUGACACAUAAUGAUAAAGACGAUGAUGAUGAUGAUGAUGACGACGAAGAGGGUUCAGAUCAACUUCGACAGUCAUUAGAAGAGUGCGAAAAGAGAAUACAACGUCUGAAUGCAGAGAAUGAGGAAUUGAAGAGAAAGUUAAAUAUAUUAAGUCGUCCUAUGGGUAUAACAAUUGAAAAUUCCAAAACCGAUGGGCCACUGUGCCAAGUUCUUUUUGGAAACAAUAGCAUUUUCAAGCAACAUCGGCAAGAGAUUGAAGACUUCAUCUUCCAUCUUGUUCAGAAACACCUACAUGAGCAGAACAAUGAUCCAGACAGCUCUGCUCUUCAUGUCAACCCACAUUGUUCAAGUUUUGUCAUGGAGGAGAGUUACAAAACGAAGGCUUCCUGUAGCUCCAAACAUAUCAAAGAUGCUUUCAGUAUGAUUGGGAGUGUUUUGUACUUCACCAACUUCUGCGUUGACAAACUUGGCCAACCGCUGCUGAAUGAAAACCCCCAACUUACUGAAGGAUGGGAAGUUCCCAAAUACCAGCAGGUCUUUGGCCAGGUCAUUGCCUUUGAAGGCCAAGAGGUGCAAAUAAAGGAGAAAAGACCGAGACCAUGCUGUUUUAACUGUGGUUCUGUGGACCAUCAGCUGCGAGACUGUCCAGAGCCUAAAGAUAUGGCUCGUAUCAAUGAGAAGAGGAGGGAGUUCUCACAGAACAACAAUCAGAGCAACCAGCGGUACCAUGCAGAAGAGGUCGAGGAGCGGUUUGCAAAGUACAAGCCAGGAAAAGUGAGUCAAGAGCUUCUUGAUGCCCUUGGGGUCACAGCAAACACCCUUCCACCAUUCAUCUACCGCAUGAGGGAGCUGGGCUACCCGCCUGGCUGGUUAAAAGAAGCAGAGAUGGAAAACUCUGGUUUAAUGCUCUAUGAUGGCAAGGGAACAAAUGAUGGUGAGCAUUCUGAAGAUGAAGAAAACCUCAGUCAAAAGAUAUCAUAUGAUAUCUCCCAGCUGGUUGAUUUUCCUGGAUUCAAUGUCAAUCCACCACCCAACAUAAGGGAUGACUUCAGGUCUUUUGGAUCCAUUCCCAUGCAGCCACAGCACUGGAAACAAAAUUUUGUUGCUUUUUUGAGCAAUACCUUUCCAGAGCCUGGCUCUAACUGCAAUAAGAGACGUCAUGAGUCUGAAUCGACACCUGAGCAGACAAAGAAAUCAAGAUCCAGUUCAGACCCACGCCAUGGUUCUGAUAUGGAGAUAGAGUCAGAUCAUGACACACCUCAAAAUAGACCUGAUGGAUUCCAGUUCCAACCACCACUCCCUCCUGGUUCUUCACCUGUAGGUGUUCCUCCACCCCUACCACUGGGAACGCCUCCCGCCACACCCACCCCACCUCCACUCCCUAAAGGUACUCCACCUGCUACUCCGCCCACAAAUUAUUCUCCAUCUAGUCAAUUGAGAGGCAUGGCUGAGGGGGAGGAAUCAGAAGAUGGGCUAACCCUAGAAGAACUUGAGGAGCAGCAAAGACUACUUUGGGCAGCCCUCGAGAAGGCAGAUACUGCAACUAACAGCGAUUCUGAUGCUGGAGCAUCCGGGACCCCUGUUCCAAUCCCCAGUAUUUGCACUCCUGUCAGGCCUGAUGCAGAAGAGGAAGAACAACAGGUUAAGAUAGAGAACUUGAGUCAUGCAUAUGAAAUCAUGAGCACACCUGCUUCACCCAUUGCAGUGUCAGAGGCCAGUGUUUGUGAGGAUGAGACAGGGAAAAUAGAUGAAACAAAUAGUGAUGGAGAUGUAAAACAUUCGAUAAAUGAAAACGUGAUCAAUUUGCAAGCAGACAUGAGUGACAUUAUUGUCCUGGAUGAAAUUUAUGAGGAAAAUGAUGAUCAAGAUGCAUCUAAUAUCACUGAAGCCACUCCACAAACUAGCACACAAGAGUCAAAUGCUCCAGCAGAGAACACAGUGGAACCUGAGAUAAAUAAAGUAACUUUCGUUCCGCACCGUAGCAAAUUUGCUGCAGGAAUAAUUCCUUUUGAGGACACGCCUGAGUUUACAGAGGUCGCUGAAGCAACAGGGGUUUACCUCAAGAUUCGAGAUCUUCUCAAAUGCUCCCCAAGAAAUCAGGCCAAAAACAAAAAAUAAUUGAAGAUGUUUGUUUUUACUGCCAACUUGUGGCCCACAAACCCUUUUUUCUUACUGUUGUCCAGUCAGUUUAUAUGUAGUGUAACUUUGGUGAUCUGUUUCUUUUUUUAUGGGUUAUCAAUAGUGUGAUUUUGAAAAAAAAAAAACAGAUUGGCAGAUUGGAUCUUUAUGUACCUGGACAUUAACUGGCUUUUUUACUUCAGAUUUACUGUGCUGUAGAUUUUUUUUAUUUUCCCUGUUGAGUUAUUUAGUUAUUUUUGCUACAUCUUGUGGCAUGCUCGGUUGUAUGCCUAGCACAGUUCAUUUGUGUAAUUUAUUAUUAAUAUCUUUCAUCUUAAAUAAUUUCUUAAAGAUUCUGACCGUUUAUAAUGGUGUCCACCUCACUGAAUUAAAUUUUUUAACUAGAGAAUGGUAGUAAAAGCAAAUGAUUUCACUUUUAAUAUUUCAAUAUAAAGUUGUUGCUCCCUGCCACCAUACAGCCAGGCCCAGGUGAUUUUUUUUUCUACAGUUUUCACUAGGGAUGUGUGUGAAAGUGGUCGACUAAACGGUUCUGAUGCUGCUAGUCAACUCUGGAAUUACUAGUCAGUUAAUAUUUUGUCCCAUUAAAAUGCUGAACAUUUUUAACUCAUUUACGUUUGGCUUUAUAUUUUACAAAUUCUGUGCUUAAAGUGAUGUUCAUGUUACACAUUUAAAUAUAACUAUACAAAUACUAUUUAAAAACGUCUAUAUCUGGAGCAGAUACAAAGUUUAAUUUCACCUCGCAGUGUAGAAAAAUGUUCUUUCACUGGACAAGCAAAGUAGCUAUGAAAUCAAUUCGGUGGUGGUGCGGAAAGUGGAUUUCCAAAACGUUGACGAAAGUCCCUAUGGAUGUUUUCACAUUUGAGUCUUCUGUAAAUCUGUGCAUGCUUGUAAGUUAUUUUCCUGCUGAGUGGGCUUUUUCAAGUGCAGGAUAAUUGCCUCAGGUGAGUCAGGUCUGUCUUUCACAAGACCAUGUUGACAUGUUAAUUUUGCAAAAAUGUAUGAUUUUAAGUAGCCUAGAAAAUGACUGUUUUAACCUGUAAUGCCAUUUUUUCGUAUAUGACAUUUGCACCCCGAUGUAAAUGGCAUCUACCACACAAUGCAAGGUGUUGCUGCAGUGGCGUGGGUUGUAAGGACGUUGUGAAUGUGUACUGUUGUCUUGGCGACCACGGUUUGGAUCCUCAUUUUGUCCCACUCUUUUUCCCAUCUGAUUUCCUGUUUCCACUCUUAAUAUUUCCUUUACAAAACAAUCAUGUAAAUGUUGAUUUCAUCACAGUGGUUUGGCCACGGUGAAUGUCGAGGGUACAGAGAAGGGUUUAAUCCAGAGGCGGGGUCUUUUGAUCGCAUUCAUUCCCGUGGCUAGGCAGCUUGUGUGUAGAUUGCAUCAUACUGUAGUAAUAUUGUAGAAAACAUUUUUUUUUUUUCACAAAAACAUUUGUCUUAAGAUGGUUAUUUAUAUCUUCAGCUUUAGUGUGUAAAUAAGAAAUAUAAAUUUUAGUCUCCCAAGCAUUCCUUUUGCAAAAUGAAUAGAAGAGAAGAACAGGGAGCUCUGCAGUAGAUGGCUGUCCCUCUGUGCAUUGACACCAUACUCUCAAAACGGUUAUGCCCAACUACUGUCAUGGAAUAUCUUUGAAGAAUAUCUCUAAGAUGCAAGAAAACUCUUGAGUCCAGGGUUCCACAUGCCAAAGUAGAAGUUUAUUGUGUCAAUAAAACAACCUUGAGAAAGGUCAGCUGUCCAUUCUGAAUACACAAU